AUGUCUCACAUUAUGAAUAUAUUUGUGCUGGCAUUUGACUUAAUUGCAAUGGUGGCAUCCCUACCUGAAAAUAUACUCAUUUUCAAAGUGAAUAUUUUGGAUUUGGCCAAUGGCAAAAGACUUCACUUAACUGAUCAACUCAUUUUUGGCCUCAGUAUAUUUGGUACUUUGCAUCUGUUCUCAAUUUUACCCAAGGAUGUAUUGUUUGUGCUAGAUGAACUUUUGAUUUUCGAUGCUGCUAAAAAGUAUUUAGCAGUUUUGUUUUUGACUGUCAUGUCCUGCAAUCUUUGGUUCUCUUCUUUGCUAUGUGUGCACUACUGUCUAAAAAACGUAAUUUGUAACCAACAGCACUAUAUCUAUCUUCAGAGGAUGUUCUCCAAGUUCUUUCCAUGGAUCUACAUUGUGAUUGUCUUUGGAUGUUUUCUGAUGGCUCUUCCUCCUGCAUGGGAAAUCUCAAUAAAGAAUAACAUUUCUAAUGACACUCUUAGUGAACAUUGUUCUUCGAUAGCCAAGGAAUACGCUACUGCAAGCAGAUUUUUCUUAGCAAUGAGUUGUGUGCCUAUACCAGUCACCGCUGUUACAGCUCUGCUAAUAAUAAUUUCUCUCUGUAGACAUUUGAAACAAAUACAACAUAAUGAUCAAGGUUUCCAAUGUCCAAGUGUAGAAGAUCACGUUCAAGCUACCAAAACCGUCCUCUCGCUCUUGACAAUUGACAUUAUUUAUUUUCUGGCGGUCAUUCAACUCUUUAUUCCAAGCUCUAAAUAUACCUAUCAAUAUGCUGCAAACAUCAGCUUGGCCAUUAUUCAUAUUCUCAAGUCUCUGGUUCUUAUAAAAGGAAAUAGGAGGCUGGAGAAGGCUUUCCGUUACACUGUAGACCGAUAUUUUUGUGUCAAGACAACAAACUAA